AUGCCUCCCAAAACGGCUGCCCGAGGGCAGGACGACAAGCUGGACGGCCCUGUUACAAAAGAACGCCCCUCAGCAUCCUCCACAAAGAUGCGCCGCAACGCCAGCCAGACCAGCAACAGCCAGGCUCGCGAACCGCUCACCAAUGUGCCAACCUCGGCGCCGACACAAGGUCUUUCCGAGCCCGCACCUCCUACAGUAAGCUCUUUUGUCCUCCCCCGAGGCUCCGAAACCUCUGCUCGUGACCAGCUGUGCCUUGCAUCAUCACUACCGACGCUGACAUUGCCUCCCCUGUGUCGCCAGAUCCCAUGGGCCUCCCUCGAGCGAGACGCCCUGCACGCCUACCGACGAGAACACGAAUUGCCCUCCGCGACGUCCUUUAUCAGCACAUUCCAUGAAUAUAUCCUCUCAGAAAGAGCCGGCAUCGGCCUAUACUCACCCACCAUGGUACGCAAGCGAAAGGCCCGUCGACAGAAUAAAGAACACCUGGCUCUCGCCGUGCGCAAGCACUUUAAUGGCGUCGGCAUUCAAGAGAACGACGUUAUUGUCGAUUUUAUCUGCAAAAUUCGCCACAGCAAGUCCGUCAAGGUAGUCGGGCUUAGCAAGAACGAGGCUUUGUUUGCCGACUAG